CAGAAAGUCAACAUGGAAAACAUCUUGAAGAAGGCACAAACUGUGGGUCAAGAAAAGCAUCGAAAUAACGUUGACAAGAUCAUACAGUAUGGAACAGCAGGAUUUAGGACAAGGGGGGAGUAUUUGGACCAUGUUAUCUACAGAAUGGGCCUACUUGCAGCCUUGAGGUCAAAGGUCAAAAGAGCCACCAUAGGAGUGAUGAUCACAGCUUCCCACAAUCCAGAGGAGGACAAUGGAGUAAAACUAGUGGACCCAUUGGGUGAAAUGCUUGAAGCAUCAUGGGAACCAAUAGCUACCUCCCUUGCUAAUGUAAAGGAUGCAGAUCUGGGUUCUAAAUUGGAGGAAAUAAUCAAAACAGUUGACAUUGACAUCAGCGCUCCCUCGAAAGUAUUCAUUGGUCGCGAUACAAGGCCCAGUAGUUUACCAUUAGCCCAAGCUUGUAUAGAUGGUGCUAAUGUAUUUAGCAGUAUUAUCACAGAUUAUGGUCUCCUAAGCACACCUCAACUUCACUACAUGGUCAGAUGCAAUAACACAAACAAUGAAUACGGUCAGCCUAAUGAACAAGGAUAUUACAAGAAACUAUCAACAGCAUUCAAGCUUUUGAGAGGAGAUAAUCCAAGUAAUAAACAAUACAAGAGUGUUCUACAUAUAGAUGGUGCUAAUGGUGUGGGUGCCUUGAAAGUUGAAAACUUACAGAGCCAUCUCGGGGACAGUAUCACUAUUAAAGUCACUAAUGAUGGGUCAUCUGGCAAACUGAACCAUUUGUGUGGGGCUGACUAUGUGAAAGUAGGUCAGCAGUGUCCAGAGAACAUGAUCAUUGAGGCUGGGGACAGAUGUGCAUCAUUUGAUGGAGAUGCAGAUAGAAUUGUCUACUUUUAUGGAGACAAAGAGGGCACAUUCCAUUUACUGGAUGGUGAUAAAAUUGCCACCUUGGUAGCUGGGUACCUUAAGGAUCUAGUGUCAAAAUGUGGGUGUGACCUUGACCUUGGUCUUGUGCAGACAGCUUAUGCAAAUGGCAGCUCAACAAACUACAUCACGGAACAGCUGAAAGUGCCUGUUGCCUGUGCGAAAACAGGUGUAAAGCAUUUACAUCACAGGGCCCUUGAUUUUGACAUUGGGGUCUACUUUGAGGCGAAUGGCCAUGGAACUGUAACAUUCAGUGACAAAGCUCAAAACAAAAUAAAAACUGCCAAAGAUGAUCAAACGUUGUCAAGUGAACAAAGGGAAGCAGCUGAGAAACUUAAAAAUGUGAUAGAUCUCAUUAACCAGACAGUGGGGGAUGCAAUAUCAGAUAUGCUUUUGGUGGAAACCAUACUACAUACCAAGGGGUGGGACAUCAGUGAAUGGAAUAGCGCUUACAAGGAUCUACCCAACAGACAAUUAAAAGUCAAGGUUAAAGACAGGACUGUGAUAGAAACAACUGAUGCAGAGAGACGCACAACUUCUCCCUCAGGUCUUCAGGAAGCCAUAGAUGCAAUUGUAGCCAAGUAUAAUAAUGGAAGGUCUUUUGUCAGGCCAUCUGGUACUGAAGAUGUCGUCCGAGUGUAUGCAGAGUCAGACACACGUCAGAAUGCGGACAUGUUGGCUCAUGAAGUCAGUGUGAAAGUUUAUGAACUCGCUGGAGGUGUAGGGGAUGCUCCAGUAGCACCAGAGUUUUAACAGAAUUACUACAUGAUAUGAUAGUAAUGGGAUAUGUUAUUGUACCCUGACUAUCAAAGUUGCUCAAAUGUGAUUUAAGUCUGUUUUAUUGAAAAUGAGAGGAAUAUACAAAGAUGUAAGGACUAUAACAUAAGGAUUAAGCUGUUCACUUGCUUCAUGUACA